UUCAGCACAGCUGCAGAAGGGCUCUUCACCCUGUUUACCAAUGGUUGUGCUCAGGAUAAGAAACUCACACAAAAGAAAAUGUGUGUUUGUCUGCUUGUGCGUUGCUGUCUUCUUCACGUACAGAUACCUCGGCCUGCCAAGAGGGGGACAAAGAACAAUCAGAAAAUUUGGACUGAGCGCCAAUUCGACCCAGUUCACCUUGGAGAUGCAGUCUUUCCGCAUCCUUGGGGGAUCCAUCCAUUAUUUCCGUGUGCCCAGGGCAUACUGGAGGGACCGCCUGAUGAAAAUGAAAGCGUGUGGCCUCAACACACUCACCACGUUUGUGCCGUGGAAUCUGCAUCAGCCACAGAGAGGAGUAUUCGACUUCCGUACACAGCUGGAUUUAGAAGCUUAUAUUCGGCUUGCAGCUGAACUGGGUUUGUGGGUGAUUUUACGUCCAGGGCCCUACAUCUCCUCAGAGUUAGACCUAGGUGGACUGCCAAGCUGGCUCCUUCAAGAUGGCAGCAUGAGAUUGAGAACAACAUACCCAGGAUUCACCGAGGCUGUCAACAUGUAUUUUGACAAACUGAUACCAAAUAUGGUUCCUUUGCAGUAUAAGAAAGGAGGUCCCAUCAUUGCAGUCCAGCUUGAAAAUGAAUAUGGGUCUUUUGCCAAAGAUGAAGACUACAUGCAUUUUAUUAAAGAGGCCUUACAGUCCAGAGGGAUCAGCGAGCUUUUGCUCACAUCAGACAGCCACAACACCUUAAAGUCAGGCGGCGUGGAUGGAGCCCUCAGAACAUUGAAGCUGCAGAAAGUAAAUCAAAGAGACAUUCAGGAUCUGAAUGUAAUCCAGCCCAACAGACCAACCAUGGUGAUGGACUACAGGACAGGCUGGUAUGAUGUGUGGGGUAAUCUCCACCACGUGCUCCCCCCAGAGGAUAUGGUGUCCACUGUAAGAGAAAUACUGAGGCGAGGCAUGUCUGUCAACCUCUACAUGUUCCAUGGAGGUUCGAGUUUUGGUUUUAUGAGUGGAGGGCUGGCUGAACCUUCCUACAAAGCAUUUGUCUCCAGCUAUGAUUAUGACGCUCCAUUGUCUGAAGCUGGGGAUUACACGCAGAAGUACUAUCUUCUCAGAGAUCUUCUGUCUCAAUUCAACAGUAAGUCCAACAUAUAUAGUGGUGUUCCAUGUAUAACUCCAUUUCUCAUAUCAGAAGGGACCAUUUCUCCCGAGAUGCCAGUGUUACAACUCAAGGAAGCGUACGAACCUGCGAUCACAUACCAGCAUUUGUCCUUAUGGGAUGCUUUGAGCUUUACUGAGGGACCAUUUAAGUCAGUCAAGCCGGUGAACAUGGAGAACGUGCCAAUGAACAACAGGAAUGGUCAGUCUUAUGGAUACACACUCUAUGAGACAACCAUCACCAGUGGAGGAAUACUGAAGUCAGGAGACAACGUUAAAGACCGUGCUCUUGUGUUUGUAAACAGAAGUUACAUAGGACUUUUCAUGUACCAGCAUACAGAACUGGCUGUUCCAGAUGCCAAGGGACAGCGAACUUUAAGUUUAUUGGUUGAAAACUGUGGACGAGUUCACCGGGGAAGGGACCUUGACAAGCAGCGCAAAGGCCUUGUCGGGGAUAUUUUACUAAACAAUAUUCCACUACAGGAUUUCAUGAUAUACAUCCUGGAAAUGAAACCCAGUUUUAUUGAUAGUCUCUAUCAGGCUUCUUGGAAAACUCUUCCUGAAACCCCCAGUUUUCCUUCCUUUUUCAUGGGCCAACUGUUUGCAUACGGAUACCCCAGCGAUACAUUUGUGAAACUGCCAGGUUGGGAAAAAGGUGUUGUUUUUAUCAAUGGGAUACAUCUGGGAUGCUACUGGUCCAUUGGACCCCAACAGACUCUCUACCUCCCUGGUCCUUUUCUCAACAGUGGAAUCAACCAGAUCAUUGUUUUUGAGGAGCAAGAAAGCGACUACAAGGUCAUUUUUGAGGAUACGCCUGAUCUUGGAAUGGCAGCAGACGUCCAGUGACUCCCAUCAUCCAGCCUGUGUCAUUAAAAAAUUCAACUUUUUUUUUUUUUACCCCUGAUUGGCAACCUGAACACAUCUGGUUCAGGUUGCCAAUCAGGCUAUAUAUGCCUGCCUCGCCCUCCAGUCAGGGCUGAUGUUUAUGUUACAUGUGUUGCUGUAAUCAAAAUACCUGUUUUACCUGCA